AUGGGACCAGGCCAAAUUGCAUCGGGAAAGCUGGAGAAGGCCGACACAGAUGACACUGUGGACUUGAUGGUGCAGGUGUACAGCACGGGAGCUGGGGACGCCAUGUUGACCAUCUUGAAGAAGAUGAACAACAACCAGUUGGCCAUGGACUUGGAGAGAUAUCUGGAAGAAUUGGGAGGCCAGCAGUGUUCCCCAGGUCUGGCCGGAGUGGGUGGAGGGGUCAACGUGAAUGCCACUGCUCACUCUGAAGGGAUGGUGAAUGCCUCAGCCGUGACUGGCUGCACCAUCAGAGGCCCUGUCACAUUCAACUUUGGACAAAGCCCCAUGCCACAGCAAGAAGGGGAUCUGGGGAGAGUGGAUGGUGGGGUCCAAUUAGACAUCCCUGCUGACUCUGGAGGGCCAAAACAAGGAGGGGAUGACAAUGCAGCAGAGGAGGUUAAAAAGAAGAAAGCAUCACUAAAACAGAAGCUUCAGGAACAACUGAGACAAAGGUUUCCUGUCAUACAUCAAGAGUCUGGAGAUUCCAGAGUAGAAGAUAUGUACAUUGAUCUUAACAUCGUAGAGGGCUUCCCAAGCGGUACACACGAAGUGGUAACAAUUAACACAAGACAGAUUGGGAGAGGACCAAGCUCUGAAGAUAAACAAGUCACGUUGGAUAAAAUGCUCACAGACAAGUUCACAAACGUUUUGACUUUGGGAAUUGCUGGUGUGGGAAAAACCGUUGCAGUGCAGAAGUUUGUCAUGGACUGGGCUGAGAAAAAAGCGAAUCAAGACAUGGAUUUUGUUUUUGUUCUUCUAUUUCGGGAGUUAAACUUAAGGAAAGAAAAAUGCUACAGCCUUUUUGAUCUUCUUGAGUUAUUCUACCCUGAUCUCAAAGAUUUGAAAAACUUCCCCCAAUUCAGUGGAUGCAAAAUUCUGUUUGUCUUUGAUGGUUUGGAUGAAAGCACACUCAAUUUUAAAGUCGAUUUAGAAGAGUGUAUCUCUGUGCCUGAAGAAAAAUCAUCUUUGAACAUUCUCAUAACAAGUCUCAUUAAGAGAAGGCUACUAUCCUCUGCACGCAUCUGGGUCACAACCAGACCAGCAGCAGCCAGUUUGAUCCCACGUGAGUGUUUCAACUUGGUGACAGAGGUGCGAGGAUUCAAUGAUUCCCAGAAAAAUGAGUUCUUUAAGAAAAACAUAAAGGAUGCAGAGAAGGCCAACAGAGUCAUUGAACAUGUCGACAACAAUAGGAGCCUUCAAAUCAUGUGUCACAUACCAGUAUUUUGUCAUAUUAUAGCCAGUGUGCAAGACGAAGUACUGGAAGAGGACUCCGCCAAAACUUUGACGGAAUUGUACACAUUGUACAAUGUCUCUCAGAUAAAAAGAAUGAAUGACAGAUUCCCGGACAAGAAGAUGAAUGCAAAGGAAAAAGGUCAGUUGCUUGUUAAACUUGGGAAACUGGCAUUCAAACAUCUGGAGAAAGGCACCCUGAUCUUCUAUAAGAAGGACUUGAAAGGGUGUCAAAUUGAUGUCAAGUGUGGAGCUUUGGAGUCUGGAGUGUGCACACAGAUCUUCAAAAUGGAAAGUGCCGCAACUGGAGAGAGCAUUUUCAGCUUUGUGCACCUCAGUGUACAGGAAUUCCUGGCUGCUCUUUAUGUUCUCCAUAAAGGUGUUCAUUGGGCAAAUCCCUUCCUCAAGACUUGGAGGGAGAGGUUCAACUGGCUGUUCACACACUCAAGGUUUGACCUUUACAGAUUUGCUCUGGAAAAGGCCCUGCAGAGCCAGAAUGGACAAUUUGAUCUUUUUGUGCGUUUUCUCAUCGGCCUGGCUCCAAUGUUGGAGCCUGAAAUCCGGUCCCCGCUGAAGGUGGUCCUUCCACAGUUAGCUAUCAGAGAAGUGUGCAUCGCGAAAACAGUUCAAUACAUCAAAGACAAGAUCAGGGAAGAUAUCUCACCAGAAAGGACUGUCAACCUCUUCCACUGUUUGAAUGAGCUAGGGGACAACUCACUGGUUGAGGAGAUCAACAGAUACAGAAACUCAGCAGAUGAGGCGAAAAAUCUGACUCCAGCCCAGUGUUCAGCUCUGGCUUACCUGCUGCUGAUGUCUUCUAAAGACUUGGAUGAGUUUGAUCUGAAGAAAUACCUGAAAUCAGAGGAAGGGCUCAACAGAAUGCUUCCUGUAGUGAAAGUCUCUGCGAGAGUUUGGCUAAAUCAGUGUCGACUCUCUAAAGCAAGCUGUCAAACGAUGGCAUCAGUGCUGCAAGGGAGACCUUCCCUUCUGAGAGAACUGGACAUGAGUGACAAUUACCUGCAGGAUGAAGGAAUGGAUCGGCUCUGUGUGGGACUUAGAGAUCCACAAUGCAAGAUGAAAACACUGAGGCUAAAUCGGUGUGACCUCUCCAAAGCAAGCUGUGAAAUGAUUGCAUUUACACUACAAAGGACAUCUUCCCAUCUGAAAGAACUGGCAAUCAGUGGAAAUAAACUGCAGGAUGAAGGAGUGGAGCUGCUCUGUGUGGGACUAAGAGAUCCACACUGCAAGAUGGAGACACUGAGGCUUGAUGACUGUGGACUCUCUAAAGCAAGCUGUAAAAUGAUGGCAUCAGUGCUGCAAGGGACAUCUUCCGAUCUCACGGAACUUGACAUGAGUGACAAUGAUCUGCAGGAUGAAGGAAUGGAGCUGCUCUGUGUGGGACUAAGAGAUCCACAAUGCAAAAUGAAGACACUUAGGCUGAGCCGUUGUCUUAUCACACACAAGGGCUGUUCUUUAUUGGCAUCUGCCCUCAAAUCAAACCCCUCUUACCUGAAACAGCUGGAUCUGAGCUACAAUCAUCCAGGAGAUUCAGGUGUCAGAGAGCUCACAGACUGUAAACUAGGAUCUUUCAAGUAUGACCAUGGAGGAGAGUGCAGGAGUAAACCAACAAGAAAAUAUGGCUGUGAGGUCACACUGGAUCCAGACACAGCACACAGAUCACUUUCCCUCUCUGAUGGGAACAGAAAGGUGACACGUGUGAGAAAGGAUCAGCCGUGUCCUGACCACCCAGAGAGAUUUGACUACUCGGAUCAGGUGAUGUGUAGAGAGGGUCUGUCUGGACGCUGCUACUGGGAGGCUGAGUGGAGUGGUAGUGAGGUUCAUAUAGCAGUGGCCUAUAAAAGCAUCAAGAGGAAAGGGAUGAGUGCUGACUGUGGGUUUGGACGCAAUGACAAGUCCUGGCGUCUGGAAUGCUGUGGUAACAGUUACUCGGCCGGGCACAAUAAUAAUAAGAGUGCCAUACGUACCCCCUCUUCCCGUUCCAGCAGAGUAGGAGUGUACCUGGACUGGCAAGCAGGCACUCUGUCCUUCUUCAGCGUCUCCUCUGACACACUCACCCUCCUGCACACAUUCCAAUCCACAUUCACUGAGCCCCUCUAUCCUGGGUUUUAUGUUAAUUUGGACUCCUCGGUGUCCCUGUGCCAGAUCACAUGACCUCCCGAUCCUGCAGGAUCACCAGAGUCUGCAGAAGAGUCACACACUCCUGUUCAAACACCACUGUGUCAUGCUGUGAUCAGAUUAUAGACAUUCCGUGUCUCACACCACUCUCCAAAAUACCCGUUUUGACAAGGAUGUCCAGAUCUUUCGAUUCACUGCCAGUCUUCAGGUGCUUCCAACCCAGCUUACUCUCUCCAUCUGGUACCCUGACUCUCAUUCUGUAUUCGCCAUGGACAAGAUCAGGUCAUAGAAUCCAUGUCCCAUAUACUGAAUGGCUGAUACUUCUAUAAAGAACUGUAUACCUCCAGACAUGAGAGGAUUGUGGACACUAUAUCUAACCAUCUAUCUGCCCUCCUACAGUGUCAACUCAUACCAAUUGUUUUGUUAAAUCAUAAAUGUUCUCUUUGUGCAAUGCAGACAUGUUUUCUGAUGCAAAUGCCAUCAGACACGAUAUUGUUAUAAUUGAUGAGAGCGAUAAGGAAGUGUUCAUCCUGGAAAUAGGCUGUUGUUUUGAUUCAUGCCUAGCAGAAGCCAGUGGAACCUCAGUCUCUUGUGCAGCAAAUCUCUGGUUCUGGUUGCAAAUGUCAAUUUCUUGUAUUCAUUUCUGGCAGUUUGGCUCAUGUGCAUAAGCUGGUUACUAGGGGUCUCAGGAUAGUUUGAUUUAAAAAAAAUGAAAGCAAAAGGGUUUGGGAAAGUGUUGGGAAAGUACUGUUCCAUGUCAUCCAUAAUUGGAGGUCGUCACAUUUGGAGGAUAAGGUGCUGUGUUUAGCCAUAAGAUGUGUUGUGCUGCUGUAUAAUUACUGCUGAUUGAGUCACAUGUUUGAAUCAUGGCUGAGCAAUUAAUGCAUCUGAUACAUUUGGGUCCUGAAGUGUAUUUGUUUUGAAUUGUGGACUCAAAUAAAGAAGUAAAUUGUG